AUGUGCACAACUCGGAGAUAUCGGAGCGUAUGCUCACCGCGUGUUCAUACGAGCUUCCAUUCCCAAUCUGCAGUUUGGACUUUCGGAGUCAGCGUCCGAUGACAGUGGAGAGUGGAUGCGAGUGAUUUUUUGAAGCAAGUUAUUUCUUCACGCAAUCGGAUAGCGGAAUCGAUAUAUAAUACAAGUACAUAAUACAUAGUCGAUAACUCGAUAAUAAUAUUAAUAAAAUGUGUGGAAUUUGGGCACUCUUCGGAUUGGACACGCAGCCUUUGACCUGCAUUUGUGAAAAUUUCGACAAGAUAUCGCAUCGUGGUCCAGAAGCUUUUAAAAUAGAAUUUGAUAGCAGGGUCAAGAAUGGAUAUUUAGGAUUUCAUAGAUUAGCCAUAGUGGAUGGCUUGUACGGAAUGCAACCAAUGAGAAUACACAAAUAUCCGCAUCUGUUCCUCUUAUGUAAUGGAGAACUGUAUAAUCACAAAACAUUAGGAAAGCAAUACGGUUACGAAUAUGCUACUAAAUGUGACGUAGAAGUUAUUAUGCAUUUGUACGCUCAUGGUGGUUCCGACAAAGUUGCUCGAUCUUUGGAUGGUGUAUUUGCAUUUUGUUUGAUGGACGUUGAGAAAAGAAAGCUUUUGAUAGGCCGAGAUCCGUAUGGCGUAAGACCCUUAUUCAGAUUACGUUCUGACAAUGGACAACUAGCUAUUUCUUCAGAGAGCAAGGGUUUAAUGGAAAUCUCAAAACAUAUUAAUGGCAACCGGACACUAGAACCGUUUCCUCCAGGUCAUUACGAAGAAUAUGAAAUUUUCUACGAUGGUCGAACGAAGCUUUCGAAAAGCGUCAAUUAUUAUAAGCCCAGUGAUAAACCUUCUUUCCAGGUAUACGUACCUUGGGUUGCUCUAAAUCCAGAUGACAUUUAUGGCAACAUACGGAAGCUACUUUUAGCAGCUGUGAAAAAACGAUUAAUGGCCGACAGACGAAUAGGAUGUCUAUUAUCAGGUGGAUUAGAUUCCAGUUUGAUCGCAGCUUUGUUGGUGAAAUCUGCGAAAGAAUAUAAUUUGCCAUACAAAAUACAAAGUUUCGCGAUAGGUAUGGGUGAUAGUCCAGAUAUUGUUGCCGCCAGACAGGUCGCAGAAUACAUCGGGACUGAGCAUCAUGAAAUUAUUUUCACGCAACAGGAUAUAAUUGAUGUACUGGAUAAGGUUAUCUAUUCUUUAGAGACGUACGAUAUUACUACCGUUCGAGCCUCGAUCGGAAUGUAUCUUCUUUCGAGGUACAUAAAACAAAAUACGGAAACAACUGUAAUUUUUAGCGGGGAAGGUGCGGACGAAUUAGCACAAGGCUAUAUUUACUUCAGGGAUGCACCUAGUGCGAUAGAUGCGCACAAUGAAUCUCUUAGACUGUUGAAAGAUAUAUAUUUAUACGAUGGUUUAAGAGCUGACAGAACAACCAGUGCUUUUAGUUUAGAACUCAGAGUUCCAUUUUUAGAUAUUCAAUUCACCAACUAUUAUUUAUCGUUAAACGCUAAUAGCAGGCAACCUCGAGAUGGAAUCGAGAAAUAUUUAUUGAGAUCUGCAUUCAAUGGAACUAAUUUAUUACCUGCCAACAUACUUUGGAGGCAUAAAGAAGCUUUCAGUGAUGGUGUUGCUUCGAUGAAGAAAUCUCUCUUUCAUAUAAUUCAAGAAAUUGUUAAAGAUCGAGUUCAGGAUAGAGAUAUGGAUGAAACAUUCAUUAAAUAUCCUCAUUGUACACCAAAGACAAAGGAAGCGCUCUAUUAUAGGAUGAUCUUCGAGUCACAUUACAACGGACAAGCGGAAAGUUUUACACCCUAUUUUUGGAUGCCACGUUGGGUGAAAGGCGUUACUGAUCCGUCAGCACGAUUUAUUACGCAUUAUGCCGCAAAUACCGAGAAAAACGUCGUCUGAAUACUAAGACAAAUGCCAGUUUAUACAUACGUAUAAACUAAUUCUUGUUUGAAAUUAAUAUACUAAUAAAGAUUCAUUAUUUUACUG